ACAAGGAAAAAACACACAACAGAAGAAAACAAAAAAAACGAAAAGAAAAGGAAAGACGAAAAGGAAGGGGAAGUGAACAGAAAAACAGCCCCAUUUGCCAUGUCUAUGUUGACAAAACAAAGGUGGACCCUCCGAUCUCUUAUUUAAGUAGGCUUUUCUCUCAUUAGUAUUUUAUUAAGUUAUAAGCCACUCUUAUCAAAGUCUUGUUUACUCGAUCAACAACCACCUUCAUAUCCCCAUUUCUCUCAAACCAUAUAUAUACAGAGAGAUCAAGAGUUACACAUACUACUUAUAAAUUACAUAUCUUCUUGUUUGUUUAUACACUAAGCUAUAUAUAUACAUCCUCAAACUAUCACAUACGUAAUAUACUAUCUCCUUAAUAGUUGAAAUCAUGAGGCCUACUUUAUUGUUGGUAUUUCUUGUUACCUUACAUCUUCUACUAUGUGAAGCUUAUGGUGUUCGCCUUGGUAAAUUUGCCAUGAGAUCGGCUACUUCUCAACCUACCAACUUGGUUGUCCAUGAGAAUGAAAAUACUAUGAAGAGAUUAGAUGAUGAUCAGAAUUAUAUUAUUGUUGAUAAAAGGGAGAUAUCAACCGAAGUUAAAUGUGAAGAUGACGAAGAUCAUUGUUCAUCAAAAGGAAAGUAUAGAAAAUUAAUUACCUCAACCACCAUCCCAACUUCCUCUGCUAAACCCAUCCAAGAGAAUUUGGACAAUGAAGAAAAAAGGAUGAGCACCAAAAGGGAAGACGAAGCUCAAACAUUAUCAUCAUCCUCAAUUCAUCAUAACUAUCCAUCAACGGCGUAUGCUCUUGAUAAGCACCACGAGAUUGCUCCUCCGGAAUAUGAGAAUGCAAUGGACAUGACUGUAAUGGAUUACUCCCCAGCAAAGAAAAAACCUCCAAUUCACAAUUAAAAAAAAUAAGAUAAAAAUAUGCAUGUUUUAAUAUGAAAUCAAAAGCAUUUAUAUUAACUAUUUUCUCCAAUUUUCAUGGAGAAAUACAAGGAAUAUGCAUGGAAGAAAGGAGAGUUUAGAGCUGGCUAGCUAAGCUAGCAAUAGCAUAUAGUGGAUAGAGCACAAAAAGAACAGCAUUACAGAAAUGCUGCAGUCUUUUUAGGGUUUUAGCUUAAUUCUUAGGACUAUAGAUAUUGUAUAUAAUUAGCUUAGAGAUAGCUAAUGAUAUACACACUAUAUAGUUUAUUAUUUCAAUUCAUGCAUAAAGUAGGGGUUUUUUUUUUAACCUAUUUUUAAAGGGAGAGAUAUAUAUGAUUGAGUCAUAAUUAGUAUUCCCGGAUCUUGCUUAAUUAAUUAGGCUUUUCACAACCUAUAUUAUAUAAUUGAAAUAAUGUAUGAUGUAACAAGUUCAUGAAAAAGUAUCCAUAUUAAAAGCUGCUUAUAUUUUAAUGUUGAAUAUGUAUGUUCUCUAA